CAAUUCAUGAAAAUUGAGCUCUUUAACCCCAUUUGUCAUUUCUGAUCACACCCAACUUCUAUCUCACGUCAUAUCUCUCUCUCUCAUGCUAUAUAAAGUGCUAUAUAAGUAUCAUCGAUAGCCAAAUCCAACCUUAACACUACCACCACUACUCCAUUCUAUUCUUAUUAGUACAAUUUACAAGUACAACUUCUUCUUUUUCUUCUUCUUCUUCUUCUUCUACUAGUUAUAGACAAUGGGAGAUAACAAUGUUAACCUACCCCCAGGUUUCAGAUUUUGCCCUACGGAUGAAGAGCUUGUAGUUCAUUUCCUUCAUCGUAAGGCCAGUCUCUUACCAUGCCACCCCGACGUCAUUCCCGAUCUCGAUCUUUAUCCAUAUGAUCCAUGGGACCUUGAUGGAAAAGCUUUGGCUGAGGGAAACAAGUGGUACUUCUAUAGCCGGAGGACACAAAAUAGAGUGACAUGUAAUGGUUAUUGGAAGGCAAUGGGAAAUGAGGAAACUGUAAUGAAUAGCUCUAGCAAGAGUGUUGGAAUGAAGAAAAUUUUGGUGUUUUACACCGGUGAAGCACCCUCUGGCAUCAAAACCAAUUGGAUAAUGCAAGAAUAUCGUCUCUCCGAUUCAGCUGGUUCUACUAGUAGAUCAUCCAAGAGAAGAGGCCAUCCAAAAAUAGAUUAUAGUACUUGGGUAAUAUGCCGAGUGUACGAACGAGAUGAUGAUGACGACGGGACAGAGCUGUCAUGCUUGGACGAAGUUUUCUUAUCAUUGGAUGAUCUUGAUGAGAUUAGCCUGCCAAUUUAAGAUCCAAUCAAAUUGUGAUCCAUUACAAAGCUUUGUCCAAUCCAAAUAUGUAUAUAGAACUCCAUUAUUGCUAACCUGUAAGAUGGUGUAGAAAUUACCACUAUCACUUCUAGUGGCACUAUGUCCACAUGUCACUCAAAAAGACCAAAAACAAAAGGUGGCAUUAUGUUCUGAUGAAUCACAGCCAUUACCACUGUA